CAGGCAGGAAGAGAAAGGAAGUAUAUAUGAGGGAGGGAUGGAGACAGAAGUAAUGUCUGUCCCCUCCUCUCCCUUUCUCUCUUUACUUCCAGCUAUUUCCUAUACCCCUAACUUCUACUAAUCCCCAGGAAAAAGAAUAAAGUAAAGAAAGUGAGAUUGGGCAGCACAAAUCUGCUGGGGUCCAUUUGGGAAGAGGGGAUGCUCUAGGACAUGAGUUGGGGGUCAGAAAGCCAGACUUUGAGGACACAAGCUAAGUGACUAUGAUACCGCCACUUCCCUGGAGGGGACGUAGACAGUAGCUGUAGCUGUAGGUGACACAAAUGUCACACUAAAGGCUUACUUCAUGAUGAGGGUGCCCAGGCUAAGGCUGGCACUCGGAGCUUUCCCCACUGCCCUCAUCCAUCUAGACAUUAUGGAUCAUCCACAGGGCAUUUCCCAGCAGCUCCAGUGCCCACCCCUUCACCUUCAGUCCCUCCUCCACCCUCACCCGCCCCAACACACACUCCUCCCUCCCAUAUCCUGAGUAGGCUGGGCAGGAACCAAGCUGCCCCAGAGGAGCCUGCCUGGAGAAGAAUCCGCUUUGGCUUUUAAGCUGAGCUGAGCUUCCUCCAUAUUCAAGCUGAAGCUAUCUCCUCAUCCCCUAACAUCUAGGCUCAGUUCCAAUACCAGGCCUACCACCCCUCUUCCUUCACUGCUGCCUGAGCCAUGGGCAUGGAUAUGGAGGAGGAGCAGGAAUCUGGAGCCCCGCAAGACUCGGAGUGGCCAGAGCUAGAGAAGGCAGAAAGGUUGGCCAGAGGGGCAGCUCUGAAGUGGGCCUCAGGCAUCUUCUACAGCCCUAAGCAGCUGACCAGGCUGGACCGAUACCGAAGCCGGGAAGCCCAGAGAAUGUGCUCCAUUGAGUCCCGAAUCAAGUCUACUGUGCAGUCAUACUUGGAAAGUGUGCAGACAGGCCUUGAACAGCUGGGCCUGGCCCUGAAGGAGGUCCAGGAGGCUCGGGAAGCCCUGGCAGAGGCCCAGGGGGCCCUCAGGAGCCAGGCUGAGGCUGCCCACAACCUACAACCUCUCCGGGAGCUGGCCGAUCAGCACGGACAGCUGCAGGCCGUGACACUCCUACUGCCCCAGCUCUUGGCUGUACCUGAGGCCGUGGCCAGAACCCAGGCCCUGAUCAAGGGCAAUCGAUUUCUGGAGGCCUAUGAGGUGCUACGGGAGCUGGAACAGUUGCGGGAUGAGGUGUUAGAGCCCAUGGGGGGACCAGAGCUGGCCCUCUUUGAGGGCUUGGCUCCUCUGGGGGAGGAGCUGGGCCUCGCUGUGGGGAAGGUGGUGGGCUCCGCUCGGCAGCUGGCACGAGAUGACCCAGCCCUGCUAGUCGCUGCAGUGCGAGUGGCAGAGUUUGAGGAGGAGAGGGAUGCUCAGCUACAGUCACCAUCCCCCGGGCGGCCCAGAGCCUGGCGCCAGCGCUGCCUGGGGGCCCUUCAGAGGGCCCUGGAGGAAGCCUAUUUUGAGGCACCAGCUCCCACCCCUUCAGGCCUGGCAGGACACCUGGCAGCUCUUCGAGAAGCUCUGCCUGCUGAACUGGCCCUGGCUGAGGCCCUUGUAGCCCCUUGCUGCCCUGGAGAAUAUGGGAUCGUGAAGCUGUGGGCCCACACCUUGCACCUAGGCCUCUGCCAGCACCUGCAGCGGCUUCUGGACUCUGAGGACCUGGGCACCCAGGACAUCUUCACUUUGUUGCACUGGGCCCUGCAUAUCUACCCAGGGCCUGAUAUGAUGGGUCAUCCUGACCUCAGUCCUGAGGCUGACAUCUCUGAGCUAGAACCUUUGCUGUCCCCAGAGGCUGUGGACCUGCUGGAGAAAACAUACACAGAAAAACUGAAGUUAAGCAUAGCAGAGUGGCUGCAGAAGGCCCUGGAUGGAGAGGUGGCUGAAUGGUUGCGAGAACAGAAACCUGACAUUGACCCUGAAGGCUUCUAUCAUUCUUCCCUGCCUUCGGUUGUUCUUCAGAUCCUAGAUGAAAAUAUCCGUGUGACAGCUGUGAUCAGCACUUCUUUGCAGGAUAGAAUAUACAGCAUGGCCCUGAAGGAGCUGGGCACCUUCCUGAGGAGCCUCAUCAAAGCACUGGAACGUUUCUCCCAAGAGCACCUGAGGGAUGCAUCUAGGCCCCAUCACUACGUGCCCUACCUGCUAGCCUGUCUCAAUCACUACGCUGCUCUAAGUUCUUCAGUCUCCCUCUUGCAACCCAUUGGGGUGUCCACUGCCACUGGGGUCUCAGCCACCAUUGAUACAGCCCUUGGAGAUUUCAAGAGGAAGAUAUGCAAACUAAUCUUGGAUGCCUUGCUAGAGGAGCUACAGCCCAUGUUCGUUGCCCUGCCUUCUCGUCAGUGGCUAUCCAGCCAGGUGAUGUUGGACAGUGUGUGUGAGCAGGUAGCCAACUUCUGUUCAGGAUUCUCCAGAGUGCGGAGUCCCAUGGCUCAGAUGCUGCUGGCUGAGAGUGAGCGUGCAGUGGUGCUGGAGUAUCUCCGGGGCUUGAUGCAAGGAAAGCUCGUGUGCCGGAACUCGACGGAGAGGAUGCAGGCGUCGGAGCGAAUGUUACAGGACUCGGCCCAGCUCAGGGAGCUCUUCCUUAGCUUGGAGCUGGAGGAGAGCGCACAGACGGGGGCAGUUCUGGGUGCCCUGCAGGAGCUGUUCCGCCUCCAGGACCCAGCGCUGCUCAGCCUCGAAGUGUCCAGCUUCUUACACAAAUUCCCCGACGUGAGCGAGGAACAUAUCGGGGCGCUCCUGGACGUGCGCGGGGACGUAUCCCGGGAGCAGCGUCAGGUCGUCUUGGAGACUAUGCGGGCCAACCCUCCCCCGUCGCCGCCGCCCGACGGCCACCGCCCGCUCUUCAGUCUAGUGCCGGUGCCCUCGCCUCCGUUGGCCUUCUGCUUUUCCGCCGGGACCUGUUCCUGAGUGGGCAGCAGCGACGCAACCCCCUCAAUAAAGGCCCAGAGCCGCGGCUCUCGAGUCUGUGCGUGGGGGGGGAGCGGGAUUAGCUAGCAUCCUAGCAUCCUCCUUACUGGCCGAGCAUCCUUACCUAGCAUCCUCCUUACUGGCCGAGCAUCCUUACCUAGCAUCCUCCUUGCUCGGCCGAGCCCGACCGUAGCAUACCCAGUGCGCAGGGAGGGACUGGGGAAGGGGGAAAGUCCAGGAUGGGGAUGGGGCG